AUGGAAGUCGCCACCGAGUCGCCUGUCACGGUCAUCGUCAAUAGCAUUCGCGGUCAAAACAUCGCCUUUGCUACCGAAAAGAAUGCUCCUCUCAGCUCCAUCUACGAAACGCUCUACAAACGCGCACCAUGGAUCCAGAACUCAUCUUACAUCCUCACCACAAACUCGCGCCGCUCAGUCUGCCAUGACGAAGCCCCCGUCUCAUCACUGCUCUCUUCGCCAGCCGACACAUUUCUGUCAUUACGCCUGACUGUACCUCUAUGUGGUGGAAAGGGUGGUUUCGGAUCCAUCUUGCGUGCUCAAGGUGGCCGCAUGUCGUCGCGCAAGAAGAAGCAGGGUGACGUGAAUGGAUCCUCUCGCAAUCUGGACGGACGGCGUCUGCGGACAGUCACCGAAGCCAAGGCACUUGCCGAAUAUCUAGCUAUCAAGCCCGAGAUGGAGCAGAGAGAAAAAGAGGAGCGUCGAAAGAAGUUGGAAGACAUUGUCGCCAGCACCGAGCGUAAGCAGGAGGAACUGCAACACAGCAGGGGCACAGCACGUUUAGAUGGACAGUGGGUGGAGAACAAAGAAGAGGCCGAAAACAAGACCCGCGAGGCUAUCGAGAAGAUGCUCAUGGCACAGAGAGAGAGCUCAGAAGAAGAAGAUGAAGCAGAGACUCAGCCAGCCGCUUCGGCAUCAAAGCCUGUUCAGCAACGAACCAUGUUUGGUUGGGACGACGAGGAUGAUGAGUUUAUGAGCGACAGCGAAGACGAUGACGUCUCUGAAGAGGAUGCGAAGCCCGUAAUCGAAGGCAAAGGAAAAGCUAGGGCUGUCUAA